AAAUUUUUUAAACUGAGUAUAAAAGCUGUGAAGACGUUACACUCAGCAUCCAGUCUUCGGUUUGGAAUCAUCCUUUUCAGACCCCUCUGGGACUAAUACCUAACUUAUAAACGGAUUAAAAAUGAAGGUUUUCUUGUGCCUUUCUGCACUUCUUUUGGUAGCUUCCGCUGCUGAGAAGGUACCUCUUCAAAAGAAGCUUGACAAGCGUGGCCUCCUCAACUUGGGCUACGGUUAUGGCAUCAGCGGAUUGAACACUGGAUACCUCGGUGCUGCCCCAGUCGGUGGUGCUUGGGCUAGUGGAGCUGGCCUUGGCUACAGCUCAGCUCUUGGAUACAAAUCUCUUGCUCUUGGUAACGGUCUCGGUUACGCUGCUGGUCUCGGCUACGGAGCUGGUAUUGGCUCAGGUCUCGCUAUUGGAUCUGGUCUCGGUUAUGGAUCUGGUCUCGCUUAUGGAUCUGGUAUCGGUUUGGGAUCUGGACUUGGUCUUGGUUCCGCCGUAGGAAUUGCUGGAGCCAGCGGUUUGGCUGGUGGUGUUGCUGCCAUCGGAGGUGGUCUUGAACGUACCGUCACCGUCGUCAAGGGUGUUGGCAUCCCAGUCCCAGUUCAACGUAACAUCCCAGUUCCAGUUGACCGCCCAAUCCCACACCCAGUCUCCGUUCCAGUCCCACAACCCUACCCAGUCGAACGUGCCAUCCCAGUUCCAGUAAAACAAAUUGAACAAGUUGCCGUUCAUGUUCCAGCCCCAUACCCAGUAGAACGUCAAGUUCCAGUCCCAGUACAAAUCCCAGUUGACCGUCCAUACCCAGUUAAGGUACCAGUUCCACAACCCUACCCAGUUGAACGUACCAUCGCUGUUCCAGUAAAGGUCCCAGUCGCUCAACCCUACCCAGUUGAACGUCAAGUCCCAUACCCAGUCCAUGUUAAGGUUCCAGUCCCACAACCAUACCCAGUUGAAAGACAAGUUCCAGUCCCAGUCACCGUCCAAGUUGACCGUCCAGUCCCAGUCCAAGUUCCACACCCAGUCCCAGUUCCAGUUGAACGCCCAGUCCCAGUUCCAGUAGAACGUCAAGUUCCAUACCCAGUCCAAGUCAACGUUGACCGUCCAGUCCCAGUCCAAGUUCCAGUUGACCGCCCAUACCCAGUCCAAGUUCCAGUUCCACAACCCUACUCCGUCGACCGUCCAGUUCCAGUCCCAGUCGAGCGUCCAGUCCCAGUCAGUGUUGGAGUUGACCGUCCAGUCCCAGUUCCAGUCGCCUACAACCGCCCAGUUCCAGUAUCAGUCAACCGCCCAUACCCAGUUCCAGUCCCAUCUCCAGUCUCAGUUGGAGUAGGAGCUAUCGGUCUUGGCGCCACUGCUGCCCCACUCGCUGCCAUCGGAACUGCUGCUCCAGCUCUCGCUCUCGGAACUGCUGCCCCAGCUCUCGCUCUCGGAUCUUCAAGCCUCGCUCUCGGAUCUUCAAGCCUCGCUCUCGGAGGUAGCUCCCUUGCCUACGGAAGUGGUGCUCUCCUCGGAGGUGGUGCUCUCCUCGGAACUGCUGCUCCAUUAGCCGCUGGUGCCGUCGUCGGAACUGCCGCUCCAUUGGCUUCAGGUGCUCUCCUCGGAACUGCCGCUCCAUUGGCUUCAGGUGCCCUCCUCGGAACUGCUGCUCCAUUGGCUUCUGGUGCUAUCAUCGGAACUGCUGCCCCAGCUCUUGCCUUGAAGGGUAGCUCAUACGCUUACGGAAGUGGUGCUCUCUUGGGAACCGCCGCCCCAUUGGCCUCUGGUGCUAUCAUUGGAACCGCUGCCCCAGCCCUCGCUACUGGAUACUCUGCCGGUCUUGGAGUCUCAAGCCUUGGUCUUUCACACUCCGCCAUCGGAGUUAAGACCCUCGGAGCUGGUCUUGGUUACUCAUCAGGCUGGUCCCAUGGACUUAUCAAGAAACACUAAGAAGAUUCCCGUUACACAGGAAGAUUCAUAGAAGCUUCAUAGUACAAUAAGUAAGAAACACAUGAAAAGGAGAAAACAAACGAUUGUCUGAAUUAAAGUUAAAAAUAAAAGUCAUGUAUUAAUUCGAAAA